GGACACCUCUAGUGUUCGACGAAACCACUGAGCCAAACAAAAUCCGAAAUUAUUCGCAACAUGGACGAGUCGGAGCUGCUAUUCAAUCUGUUUUAUAUUCUGUUGUGCAUGGUGAUCAUCUACCCGCCAGAGGAGUUCCAACGCCUGGGAUUCACCAUUGAACAGUUGUUCGCUCGGUUCCUGGGAGAAGAGUACCUGGACUUUGUAGGCUACCACCAGCGCCGUACUUCGCUGAAUCUCUUCGUGCACUCCUGUCUGCCCUUCUCCUACUUUCUUAUUCAUAGGCUCAAGUUCUCCGUCUUCGCCACGCAGGAGCCCUUGGAGGACUUCGACCUGGACCCGGAUUUCCCCAUGCCCCAGGAAGCGGUAGCGUUUAAAACGCUUACGUGGAAAACCGCCCAGCGGUUCAGUGUGUUGGCCGUUCUGGCGAUGCCCGCUCUGAUCUUCAACUGGCACCAGGAAAACUGGCGUCGGCACCCGAUCAGCAAGGCGCUCUCCAAGUACUCCAUCACGCCGGGCAGCUACAGUGCCGUGGCUAGCGAAAUUGGUAUAGAGUUCCGGCAACCGGAAAUAUACAAGAAGAAGCUAAAUUCCAUUAGCUCGGUGAUUGCCACGCAGAACUGGAUAAUAAAAACCACCAUGUACAAUGUUCACUUCGCCCAUCAGAGCAACACGUCGCUUAGCGUAGCUAAGGCAGAAACUUACAACAUAUCGCAUCAAGACCAAAACGACACCUUGCAGAUGAUAAGCAUUAUUGUACGGCCAAUGAGGCAGGGUGUGAGCGACUUCCACAUACGAAUUAAUGCCCUGGAGUUUAGGAAUCUAGAGAACCGAGUCCGACGACCAAUCGCAAUUCCCUCCAACAUUCAGUUACACCGCAAUGUUAUAGACCGUUUUGUGGACGUCUUCAAGGCGCAAGUCGCCCAAAAUCCCAUUUUUCCAGAUGAUGCUACUACGGAAAAGUGUUUUGCCUGCAUGCUAAACGAACCAAACACCAAGAUCCACAAGCAGUGUGCCGACUUUGAUCGCAAUGGCGCUCCCUUGGCGAACGGGGCGUGCUGCUCAAACUGCUACUGCCGGCCCAUGUGGUGUGUAGAGUGCCUAGCGCGCUGGUUUGCCGCUCGCCAAAGUGACGUGGAUCGUGAGGUGUGGCUGGAGCAGAAGUGCACAUGCCCAAUGUGCCGAGCCAAGUUUUGUGUGCUUGAUGUCAGCUACAUCACAACCACAGUCGAUGCAACUAACAGUACUCAGAGUCAAGGCACCGAAGAAGAUACUAAUGACACCACGUGAUUUAUGACUGUUAGAGAUUAAAGGACUCUUAAAUCGAACCUGGUUCUUUAUUGGUCUUAUUUAAGUGUAAUCAUUUUCAAUACAGUAAGACGUACAAUUAUAUAGCUAUAAACUUAUAAAUAUGCAUAGUAAUUAGUGCACUUAUCACUUUUUAAUACUUUAACAAUCUAAGCAAUCCUAAUAUUUUUAUUUUACUUAAGUACAAUUGAUCUAAGCAUAGACAGAAAGAGUGUUCAUAUGAGAAAUAUGCCUUAAUAUGCUCUGCAUAGGAAACCUGUAGUGCAAUAAGUCCACUAUCUAAAUGCGUUUUAUUUUCUUUGUCCUCUCAAUCUGAUAAAAAAGGCGUCAUGCUAAUUUAUAUACAUGUGCAUGAUAAGUAAUGGAAAUACAUAUUAAAGAUCUAU